CUGCCAAGGCAGGAACAGUCCAAACAACCCAAUGUAAGCACGUGGCGCAACCUAAAGCAAGCACGUUGAAGAUGAGAAGCUUAACCAAGAGACGUUAUACGAGUGGCAGAGAAGUCGGUGUACUGUAUCGACCAAGGAACUCAUCUUAACGAUCAAUCUGUCACUGGGAGCUCUGAACUGGAUCAGCUGUGUCUUGGUGGCUCCUGCCAAACUUGGAGCUAAUAAGGUAGCCACACCUCACUCAUACACUAACUGUGGCAAGCACUCUGUUAGUCUAGGUUGUGUCUAUCUUUGAACAACAGGCGGCCUCCCUUCGUCUUCGUCACCAUCACCAAACUAGGUUGUAAGAAACCCGUCGCAAAGAGACGCUAAAAUGCUGGAAACUGGAUUUCUGCAUGCUUCAAAAGGGAAAGUCGAUGCAUAAUGGGGGAUAUUAAGAUUCUCGAUCACCGAUCCACGAUUCCCCCCUCGGUUAAGUUAAUGUGUGGGAAUGGGGCAUGCCAUGGACUUGGGAGCAUGUAACGUCAAGAUACGACGGAUACUUUAAACCUUUAAACCUUACCUUAUCUAGCACUGAAUCCAAUUCUUGUUCUCCAAACAUUCCCUCUGCAUCUUUCCUACUCCCCUCACUGAAUCGCAUCUCAAUUUAUAUUCUCAAGCUUCAUAAGACCCGUUCUUGGUCAUUGUUUUUUUUUUUUUUUACAAGAUCAUAAUGGCAUCCAGAGAAGCUACUUCAUGACAUGACGAUACCAAUUCCAAUAUGACGAAUACCACCCCCCGUGGGCUUCUCUGCCCCAUCAGCGAGACUACCAAAGGUCCCAAUGCGACUCCCAAACGGUUCCCCAGAGGCAGCCGCUUACAGUCUCGUCCUUUCUAUACUACGGUCCUCCUUCUAUCAGUCCUGACUGCAUAUUCGUUUCUGUCGCAUACGACUUUCGCACAGUCCGUCUCAAAUCGCGCGACAGAUCCCGAUCUGCUCUUCAAGCGCAGUUUCUCUACGGUCGAAACACCCGAGUGCAAUCAAGUCCACGACGCCGAGGACAAAUGCGCCUUUGUGCGCAAAUACUGCAGCGAUGAUGAUGCCGGGCUCAUACACUAUAUUGAACUGUAUUAUUGCUCUUUCGGCAAUGUAAGACCCAUCGCAUUCACAGCUCUUGUGCUUUGGCUGGGCCUCCUCUUCACCACCAUCGGCAUCGCUGCAAGUGAUUUCUUCAGUGUCAACCUAAGCACGAUAGCGACAGUCCUUGGCCUUAGCGAGAGUUUGGCAGGCGUCACAUUUCUCGCCUUUGGCAAUGGGUCUCCCGACGUGUUCAGCACCUUUGCAGCCAUGGGCUCUAAUAGCGCCAGUAUGGCCGUUGGAGAGCUUAUCGGCGCGGCAAGCUUUAUCACAGGUGUCGUUGCUGGUUCUAUGGCAUUGGUGAGGGAGUUCCGUGUCGAUCGGAAAUCAUACACACGCGAUAUUUGCUUCUUCAUUCUUGCGGUCGUCUUCACCAUGAUCUUCCUAGCUGAUGGCCACCUGCACUUGUGGGAGUGUUGGGUGAUGAUAGGGUACUAUGGAGUGUAUGUCGUUACUGUUGUAACAUGGCACUGGUACUCCACGAGACGCAAGGCUAGACAACGCAGAGAAGGCGAAGCGCGCAGCCAUGUGUAUGCAGCCCUAGGUCACUCGGGGGACGAGUUGGCCGGCGAGCCAUAUAGAGACGACCCAGAUGAUGUUGGCUCGGGCCCUGGCACUGCGCACGCUACGCCGCCUGAUAUCUCGCUCCUUGAAGCCGGACCCAGGAUCGAGGUUGACGGUACGCCUCAGCGAGCUGAAAGCGACACGUCUAGUGAAGACCAUGACCGCAUGGUUGCAGCCGAGGUUGCCAGCAGCAUGCGAGUUCUGCGAGGUCGUGGAGUUAGACGAAACACAAUGACGCCCAUCCGACCUAGUCUUGUAGGUGCACUGGAAUUUCGGUCUGCUUUGGCGCAGCUACAACGCGAGGGUAAUUUACAGCUGUCCACGAUCCCAGGAAGAAGCUACUCGGAUUAUCAUGUGCACAGGCGCAGGCAGACCACCGCAACAAUCGCAGAAUCCGCUCGGUCUGAUGGUCAGUUGGACCCAAACAUGGGUGAGCACGCGCCCAUAAGGAACAGAGCACUCUCUUCUGGAGACGUCCCAGUCGGUGUGCCUGCUCACCCGGAUCUACAUAUUCCACGCCGCAACGGUUCCGAACCGACCUUGUCCGUUCCUGGCUCAACAGCCAGUGGAACAAGGGCAUCAAGCCCCAGCCCAUCCUACACUGUAGGAGGAAACUUGGCAGCGCCUCCAGUCGGACCUAGUGGGACGACCCACGAUGCUCCUUCAGAAGGCCAGAAAGGACAGCUGCUGACUCCCGAGCUUCGCCUGCAAAUACCUUCCAGCCGCCGUAGCAGUUACAGCGACCGCUCCUCGCCUAGCACGCCUUUCCCCGUGUACAGCGAUUCGCCAGCACUGCUUACGCCCAAUUACCAGAAUGACCCAAUUGAGUUCGUGUCGCCAGGAGGAGUAUCACCCAGUACCGUUGCACCGGGUCCAGCAAGCCGUGAGACACCCUUUGCCGACUUGCAACUGACAGUCGAUACACCAUCACGUCCUGUUAGAUGGUGGCCCUAUGCCGUGCUACCAGCUCCCCAUGUCUUGUGGGCAACCUUGUUCCCUACAUUGCAAGGCUGGAAAGAGAAGACGGCAUGGGACAAGUUUGUCAGUGCCAUCUCUGUCCCAAGUAUCUUUCUUUUGGUGGUGACUUUGCCCGUCGUAGACUCAGAAACAACAGACGGCGAAUCAUCUAUCCUCGAGGCACUCAACGACCACACCGAUCAUUACCAUCACGAUCAUCAAGUUGUUGGGCACAUGGCUCCGCCCAUAUCAAUUGAGCACUCGGCGAUUGAGCCAGAAGCAGAGUCGGAAUGGGAGCGCUAUCGUAGACACACUAUCACAAGCCGUGGCAACAGCCACGUUGGCCUUGCGACAACACCUUCCACAGCACAUGCUGCAGAUGGAGAGACUCUGGCCGCCUCGCAGUUCUCUCUGGGUCCACCGGCCAUAGUGGCAAAGCCAGCUUCAGAUUUCCAUUCCUCCAGCAGUGUCAAGAAUGACUGCACAGGCUGGAACCGAUGGCUCGUGGCGCUACAACUCUUUACUGGUCCCCAGUUUGCUGUCCUGGUCUUGUGGGCCAAUACCUUGGAGGACUGGGAGAGCCCUCAUAAAGCUUUGAUCCGCAUGGUGUUGUACACACUCCUUGCAUCUCUCAUUCUUCUCGGUGUCUUGGUCGUCUUCACGUCAGAGGACAGACCCCCUCGUUAUCAUUACAUGCUUUGCUUCAUGGGAUUCAUUAUUAGUAUUGCUUGGAUCUCAACAAUCGCAGGCGAGGUUGUAGGGGUUCUCAAGACAGUCGGUGUCAUUUUGAACAUCUCGGAAGCGCUAUUAGGUCUCACCAUAUUUGCUGCUGGCAACAGUGUGGGGGAUCUAGUCGCUGAUAUUACAGUAGCACGGCUUGGGUAUCCCGUUAUGGCUUUGUAAGUACAGGAGGGCUUCCUCGGAGCACUUGGGCUAAUAUGUUAUCUAGAUCUGCUUGCUUCGGUGGCCCUAUGCUGAACAUCCUUCUGGGCAUUGGUAUCGGCGGUGCGAUGAUGACAAUCCAGAAGGCAAACAAGAAGCACCGCAAGAACCCCAGCCAUCCCAUCAAGUACAAGCCUUACCGCAUCCAAGUCGGUGGGACGCUGAUGAUCUCAGCUAUCACACUACUUGUCACGCUCGUGGGCUUGCUUAUUGUUGUGCCCAUGAACAAAUGGAUCUUGAGUCGCAAGAUUGGAUGGGGACUGAUCACUCUCUGGGCAGUGAGUACAAUCGUAAACGUGAUCGUCGAGCUCACUGGAGCUUGGGGUGAAAUGGCAUAGCCUGCCAUGAACUUGGCCGGGUUUAUAAAGGCGUUUUUGUCUUAUUCAUACAUUCUUUGAGCGACUGUUUAGACCAAGCAAUAACAUGACUUUACAAUUUUACGAACGAGAGCUGCUUUGAGAAGUCUUGGCUGAUAAAAGUGUCUAUAUCCAUCAGGUAUUGACCA